CCAUUUUACACAUAAAACUGAAAAAUAUGAAAUAAAGUUGAAAUUUCUGUUUUGGAAGAAUAAAAUUAUAAAUAAAAUUCACAAAAUAGAUUAUGAUAAAGAAUAAAGUUUACAUUUGUAUUUUGAUCAGUCAAGUGUUGCACUGAUUGCAUUGAUCUCCAUGACAAAGGAUUAUCUGAACUUUGUGAUCAAGAGAUUAAGGAGGCCAGGUUUUCUUCUAAGAGAUCAAGGAAAUCAUGGAUUUAGGGCUUCCCAUUGUUGAUUGGGUAUGUCAUAAAUUCUACAUCAGAUGGACCCCUUAUAAGGUUGAAGAAUACUACGUCAGUAUUCAUUUCCUGAGAACUGUAAAUACAACUAUGGAAGUUAUCAAGAACAACAAGGGUGGUCUCAAGCUAAUUCACGAAGGCUACUUGUAUACUAAGAGGUAUGCCAGGAAGAAUAUUCGAUGGGAGUGUUCCAGCAGAGCUGCAUUUACUUGUAAAGGCGGUGUGACUUCAGACCUGGAGAUAAAGACCAUCGUUAGUUUCACACAACAUAGCCAUGAUCCACAGGAUCAGUCUGUAGCAGUGGCAAAGCUGCGUUCAGCCAUGAAGGAGCGUGCUGGCACAUCACGUGGUACACUUACUCAGCUCCUAGUCGAUUCCAUCAGUGACACACCUGUAGAUGUACGCGCAGAACUCGGUAAACCUGAUCACAUCAAACGUGCACUGCGUCGAGAACGGGCUAAACAUAUGCCCAAGAACCCCACUUCGCUCCGUGAUCUCAUGCUAGAUGAUGAAUGGACCACUUCAAGUGAUGGAGACAGAUUUCUCAUAUAUGACAACGGUGUGGAUUCCUCUGAUCGUAUGUUAGUGUUCGGGACUGAUGACGGAUUACGUCACCUUGCCAGUUCUUUGUCAUGGUUUAUGGAUGGAACAUUCACUGUUGCUCCACUGUUGUUUACUCAGCUGUAUGUGAUUCGUGUUCCACUCGGUGAGUCAGCUGUGACGUGUGUGUAUGCAUUUCUACCAAACAAGCACCAAUCCACAUAUGAGGAACUAUUCAUAUCAAUUCAGGAUCGCUGCAGCGAGCUAGGAUUCCAGGCUGAUCCUGUAACUGUCACCCUCGACUUUGAACAAGCUGUGAUGAAUGCAGUAAUAACAACCUUUGGUCCACAAGUCAAUGUUCAUGGAUGCUUCUACCAUCUUACGCAGAGCACGUGGAGGAAAAUACAGAGUCUCGGCCUUGUUCAACGCUAUCGGGAAGAGAAGGAUGUUAAGCUUUUCUGUGGUAUGCUUGAUGGACUGGCAUUCCUACCAGUUAAUGAUGUACCAGAGGGGAUGACCUAUCUGCGUGACAACACCCCUGAUGGGCUGGAACCCUUGCUCGUGUAUUUUGACUAG